AUGAGUUACCCACGAGAUGCACCUGACACAACUGGGAUUGGCUUACCAGAUCCCCUUGACUUUCCAAAUGCACCAAAGAUGUCGGACCAACAAAAAAUUCUUGAUAUAUGCGCCCACUUAACCAAGAUCAAGAUGACACCUAAGGAAUUUAUCACGGGUUUUCUCAAGAAAGAUCACAUGGAAUUGAACUACCGGCGACGAACCUGGGGAACAAUUUAUGGAUCCAAUUCGACAAUUGAAUUGGUUUCGGAAAUAGGUAAGAUCUUCCGCAAGAAAGAUGCCGCGCGUCAUCGGUGGGUCGAUUUUAUUCAGGCCGAGGCCGUCUUAUUAUGUCGGCAGGAGAUGUCUUCACGGACGACAGGCUCAUUCAUGAGCUCUCGAUUGGUGAAGCGGGAUUUUUUCGGUCCUGAUGCGAAGCAUGCUCGUAAUCUCAAACUUACGACCAUUGAAAGGCCCUUGCUGUACAACAUCAUCCAUGGAAUCAUAUCUCGUGCGGACGAAGAGGAUGGCGACACUAAUGAAGUUUGCGAUGGACCUGACAACCUCGGGGGUAAUAAUACGGAUGACAUGAACGAACCUUGCGAUGCACCCGAUGACCUCCGUGGGAAUAACGACCCAGUCAUUACUGGGACCAGCCGAACGGAAUUAGCCAAUGGGGUGGACGAAAUGGAACCCGAGGUGUCCUUGAACUCGUGCUCAGGGUCAUUAGAGGAUGUGAUGGCUGAUUACGGCGGGUUUGUUUACUCAACGGAUGGUAAUGGACCCGAUGCGAGAAAGAAACAAAGAUGUCACAUCGCUUCGGUGAUAUGUUCAAUGCUUAGCUUUGCUUGUAAUCGCCGCCAUAAUGGAUUACAACUGGAGAAUUCCAUUCGAUUCUAUGCGUGUGGGGUUUCGGAGACGGUCAACGAGUAUCUUCACUACUUGGGUUUAACCUCGCAUCGAAAAACGGCUGUUCACGCGCUACGAUCAUUGGCCUGUGAAGCACAGGAUAAGAUUGCAUCGUGCAUGGCUAUUUCAACUGAUGUGGCUCCGAUCCUUUGUAUCGACAACUUGGACAUGGAAGAGAGGAUUCAGAUCGCUACUGUAGGCAAACAGAAUCGGAUGUUCCAUGGGACCUGGGGAUACAUACAUAUACCCAGCAGCGACCUAAUGAAUUCCCUCAACCCGAACAAUCUCACAUUGAGUGCCUACCACAAUGCCCUCAAAAAUGUCAGCUCCUUGGUGAUUGAUCCAAAUUUUUUUCUGCCAAACGAUGACGACCAGGAGCAUCACAAGCUAGUGGUGAAGAGCCAGAUCGCGCAAGUUAUGUACAAGUAUGUUGCCCGGCCUUCUCAUCCUAAAGGCAGACACCCGUUGCACCCACCCAAAGUCGAGCUGAUCAGUCAUAAGAAGCCCGAAAUCCACAUGCUGAAGCUCAUGAACGAGUCUGACAACUCGGCCGAGGGAAUCGGACAGGUCAUGGAUGCCCUACAGCACCAGACACGGCUUGAUCCCGCUGACUUCUUUGGUCGAUUACAGCUUAUUGAUGGGGACCUUGGGACGGCGCAGAUAUUUAACGCUAUCCGAGUACUCCGGUCCCCUAGUGAACACUGCGAUCACAGCCUCAACAACAUCUCUUUCACUUUGGGGGCGGCUCAUACAUUGUGGAAUAUCGCGCACACCAUACUGACCUAUCACUUUGGGAACUCAGGUUCGAUGGACAACCUAGGAGUGUGGAGAUACUUGGAGGCACUUGGGAUACCACCGGAAAAGGUUGCGCAGAAGAAAGAUUUCACAAAAAUGCUGCAGUACAUGGAACAAGUACAUGAAGCAACAUUGUGGUACUGCCUUAGGGAUGUGAUGGGUCAUCAUGACACUGUCAUCCAAGAGGAGUUACCUAUCAUUCCAACGGCCAAAUGGAAUGAUAUGGUGGACAAGUGCUAUGACCGAUUCUUCUCACAUGAGGCCCGACGGGCGGCGCGAGGAUUCCCCAAGUUGAGCAAUCUGCUCACACGACUCCAAGACUUCUCAACGGUCAUAGAGGCAAACAGAGCCAUGAAAAGAGGUGAUAUAGGACGGUUGAUAAAUGUGUGGAAGAUGUGGUCGAUCAUGACCCAAUCGCUUCCCGGACUCACUCAUUAUUCAGCUUACCUGCCCAGGCUCAUCCUCUUGCUCACCAAGAUACUCCCACCGUCUUUGGGCAAGCUGAUUCGCCACAGCAUUUUGGUGUCUCCAAGCGGUCGACCUAACCACUUCGUUGCGAAAGACUUCCUGUUGGAGACUCAUAACUACUGGCUCAAAUAUUUCUACACACAAGGCGGCAUAGGGACUCAGAUUGAUCGCCUGCAAGCCUUAUUCUCGUCAAACAUUCCUACUUUGCGGACUAUGUUUGAUUCUUUGCGAUUGGACAGUGGAGCUAAACAUAUCCAACAGAGCCAUAAACCGUUGCUCACCCUCCGAGGACUCGAAAGAUUUCAACAGAUGGCCCAAUCGAAUGGCAUCCUCACCAUCAACUCCAGUUCCGGCGCUCCUGCCCCAGUCGAAAUCAAGAAUACGUACAUUCAGGGUCUUAUUUUGUUACAGGAAGAGAUUUCCACCAAAGCGAAUGAACUAGGUCGGUUUACCAUGCAUCUCCCAUUUGAUGAGCAGUGUGAAUCUUAUCCUAGCGAUCCCGAGGAUCAAGCUGAACCCGAAGGAGAACCAAACAAAUCACCAUCCAUUCGAUCCGGUUCCCCCAGCCAAUAUUCAAUGGAUGAAGAUUGA